AUGAAGAUCGACAUCAGCAUCGCCGUGCUGCUUGCACUGGCGCACCGGGUCUCGGCCCAGCAGGCGCCGUGGGGCCAGUGUGGCGGCAACGGGUGGACGGGACCGACGACCUGCGUAGCGGGAUGGCAAUGCGUGAAGGCGCACGAGUGGUACUCGCAGUGUCUCGAGGGAACCAGCUCACCCUCGCCCACCACUCUCCGAACGACGACGACCUCGAGGCCGACAGUGACUAUCACGUCGAGCACGGCGCGUGCGUCCAGCUCGGCGCAGUCGACGACCUCUGCCAGAUCCUCGUCCUCCUCGUCCUCCUCGGCGAGCGCCAGCGCCAGCGCCGCCCCGUCGGCGUGCCCCGGCACCUUCGCCGACGUCUCGGCGGCCGACUUCGUCAAGGCCAUGAGCCCCGGGUGGAACCUGGGCAACACGCUCGACGCGAUCCCCAACGAGGGGUCGUGGAACAACCCGCCCGUGGUCGAGAGGACGUUUGACGACGUCAAGGCCGCCGGGUUCAAGAGCGUCCGCAUCCCGGUGACCUACAGCGACCAUUUCACCAGCGCGGCCCCCAACUACACAGUCGACGCGGCCUGGCUUCAGCGUGUGUCUGACGUGGUUGACAUGGCGACUGCGCGCGGGUUCUACGUCCUGACCAACGUUCAUCACGACUCCUGGAACUGGGCCGACGUCACCAAGGCAACCACCGACGCCGACCUCAAGGUACUGUACGACAAGUUCUACAACCUUUGGCUCCAGAUCGGCCGCAAGCUGGCGUGCAAAUCCAGCCUCGUCGCCUUCGAGUCCAUCAACGAGCCCCCCGCCACGACCGCCGAGCACGGCGCGCGCAUCAACACGCUCAACGAGCUCUUCCUCAAGGCGCUCGCCGACAGCGGCGGCCACAACACCCGCCGCGUCGUCAACCUCGCCGGCGGCGGCAUGGACGCCGCCAAGUCGACGCAGUGGUUCAAGCCCCCCGCCGCCGUCAAGAACCCCUGGGCGCUGCAGUACCACGUCUACAACCCCUACGACUUCAUCUUCUCCGCCUGGGGCAAGACCGUCUGGGGCUCCGACGCCGACAAGGCGGCCCUCGCGGCCGAGCUGGGCAUCGUCAGGGGCAACUUCUCCGACGUGCCGCUCGUCAUCGGCGAGUUCGACGCGAGCCCGCUCAACACGGAGCCCGCCGGCCGCUGGAAGUGGACCGACCACCUCGUCCGCACGGCGACGGCGCUCAACACGGCCGUCGUCAUCUGGGACAACGGGCUCGACCACUUCGACCGCGACGCGCGCGUCUGGCGGGACCCGACGUCCAUCGGCAUCAUCAAUAACGCCGUCCGUGGCGUGAGGAACUCGCUGCCGGACAGCACCGUCGACGCGGCCGCCACGACGCAGGACUCGUCGGCGUACGUCUUCAACCGCGCCGGCAGCGCGCCGGCGGACCAGACGCUGCCCUGGCUGUUCAACGGGAACACGCUCACCAAGAUCACGACGGACACCGGCGCGGCGCUGGCCGCGGGCGGCGACUACACCGUCUCGGCGUCGGCCAUCACGCUCAAGGCGGCGUUCUUGGCCAGAUACCUCACGCCGACGGCGGCGCCGGGGGGCAAGGCGAACCUGACGCUGACCUUCUCGGCCGGCGCGACGUCCCAGAUCCAGAUCGUGCAGUGGGACGUUCCCACGCUCGCCUCGACCGGCUCCAAGGCCGUCGCGGGCGCGGACCUCAACAUCCCGAUCACGUACAAGGGCGUGAGGAUGCCGGCUGCCGUGAAGGCCGUGAGCAGUGACGGGGUCUAUCUGUUUGACGACUGGACGCAGUGGCUUGGUCCCCUUCAGCAGGGCCGUAUCGUGAGUGUUGCCCCUUUUCCUCCUAGUUUUAUCAUGGCCGCCUUCCCUCCCCCCGUCUUCCUCCGAGGCCAUGAUUGGAGGAGAAAGCGAGGACCAAGAGAGACGUGCUGA